GUUUAAAAUCCCAAACUCGUUAAAAUGCUUGGAUUGACUGCUCUUUUGGUUCUUCUGCAUUAUCAUCACAGGCUCAAUGUUUAAGUCUGUAGCUGGAGAAAGCAAAGGCUCUAAGACAUGUCAAAGUCAUCUUCUGCAACCAUAGUUGGAGGUGCUGUUGGGGCACUUGCCUUGGUGGCAAUAGUCGUCGGAUUCAUGUCGUUCUGCAAGGCACAAUGUAAUAAGCAUUUCCCCAACAAGAACUCGAAGACUGGUUCUUCGGAUCCAUCUGCAAUAGUUGAGCUGACUAGAGGUGGACCUAGUUCAGCAAGGCACUUCACAAUGGAGGAGUUAGAGCAAGCUACCAAGCAUUUUGAUGAAAGGAGUCUUCUGGGAUAUGGAAGUUUUGGACUUGUUUAUAAAGGUUUGCUCCAUGAUGGGACAAUUGUGGCUAUCAAAAGGCGCCUCGGUGCUCCUAGACAGGAAUUUGUCUCAGAGGUAUAACUAAGUGGGGACAUAUCAUAGUGUUCUACACUCUAUACUUCUGUGCAUUACAUUUUGUAGCUCCUAGUUACUUAAUGAACCAUGUUCUAUGCCUAAACUGGAUAUAGUGUUAAGGAUCAGUUUCUUUUCAUUUUGCAUAAUGAACAACUGUGCAUAACAAAAACAACUAUGUAAGAGCUUAAUUAUGUG